GCUCCAGGCUUCUUUAGCCUACAGGUCCCGUCAUAGCUGCUGGAGCCUGCAGGAAGGUGCUGCCGUUCCUUUGACGUCGCCAAGGGUUCGGAGCGAUGGCGGACCGCAAAGCAGUCAUCAAGAACGCCGACAUGGCCGAGGACAUGCAGCAGGACGCGAUCGACUGCGCGACGCAGGCGCUGGAGAAAUACAACAUCGAGAAGGACAUCGCAGCGUUCAUCAAGAAAGAGUUCGACAAGAAGUACAACCCGACUUGGCACGCCAUCGUGGGCCGUAAUUUUGGCUCGUACGUGACGCACGAGACGAAACACUUCAUCUAUUUUUACUUGGGCCAGGUCGCCAUCCUGCUCUUCAAGUCGGGCUGAGCUGCCCCCCGGGGGCGCCGCCGCCCGAGAGGGGCAGACCUCCUGGGGGGGGGGGGGGGAGGGGGAGACGCCGAGCUCGGCGAGCCAGGCUUUCGGACGCCUCGUGUCUGCCCGCCCCGGGCCUCCGCGGACUUCUUCCUCCCCGAACAGGGGGGAGGAGCAGCGAUCCAGGAUCGUGGGUCGAGGGUUGUCGUUUGCCUGGGAGCUCGUUCGACCCCCAUGGCGCGCCCUCGUGGCCACGUCUGGAUCCGCUCCGAAAGCAUGGCCAGAACCCAUCCCACGGGAGGUCCGCGGGG